AUGUCAAACCAACCCUCAGGGAGGACAAUUGUGCAACCGUGUGCACCGAAUCCUAGCGAAGGGAUUGAUAUAGAUACAGAUUUUGAUACCAACUCUAUCAGUGCCACAGUGGGAGGAUCAUCCUUUGGAACUUCCAUAUCUUCUUCGACCCUAGAAUACCGAUAUGGUUAUUUGCCCCCUUCAACCCUAACUAGCCUCGCUGCUCAAACUAACCAUCAAUCCCGGCGCGUAGAAAAUGGAAGAAGAUACCAUGGCUACCACAGCGGAUCGUACCUACUACCGAAUGACGAAGCGGAACAGGAGCGGCUGGAUCUCCAUCACCACAUAUUCCGUCUUACACUCGGCGGCCAACUCUUCCGCGCACCCAUUACCGCGCAUCCUGAAAGAGUGUUAGAUUUUGGGACGGCAACGGGGAUUUGGGCCAUUGAUUUUGCCGACGAAUUUCAAUCCACCACGGUGAUCGGAAACGACUUGAGUCCCAUUCAACCGUCCUGGAUUCCUCCCAACUGCAAGUUUUAUGUCGACGAUGUCGAGAGCGAGUGGGUUUAUCCUCCAGAGGAAGCGUUUGAUUUUAUCCACGGGCGAGGAAUGGGAGGGAGCAUAGCGGAUUGGAACAAAUUAUAUGGCCGCAUAUUGGACAAUCUGAAACCUGGCGGGUGGAUUGAGAUGCAAGAAUAUGAAGCGUGGGUUCACUCCGACGACGAUCCGACGCUACAGAAAUGCCCCAACACACUCCGCUGGCAAACCCUGGCUGAUGAAGCGAGUACAAAGUUCGGAAAGAGGCUAAAUUCUGCCUCUGAGCAGAAGGGGAACUUGAUCAAGGCCGGUUUUAAGAAUGUUGAGGACGAUAUAUACAAGGUCCCAAUGGGAACAUGGCCGAAAGAUCCCAAACUCAAAGAGAUCGGCGCAUUCCAGAUGGAACACAUGUGCAGCUGUAUCGAAUCGUUUACAUUCGCCCUUUUCACCCGUAUUCUUGGCUGGGACCUAAAAGAGACCCAGCUAUUGUGUGACGCGGUACGAAAGGAAUUCCGCAACCCCAAGAACCACCUCUACACUGUAUUCCACUUCGUCUACGGCCAACGGGCAAGCAAUUAA